AUGGACUUCCAAGAACGCCGUCCUCCUCGUGCCUCACGCCCGGGUCAACCUCAACCUCAACAACAGCAGCCCCCAGCUUUUUAUGCAGACCAGGAUUACUCUAAUCGUCCUUCAUAUACUGUCGGUAAUGAUGGCUCUCGAGGCGUAUCUUUUCAAAAUCAAGAACGUGGAGACCGGCAUGGUCAACUCGAUGCACAGCGUCAAAGAGCUUUAUAUCAGAAUCAGCUUUCACCUGGGAAUGAAGAUGUGGAGUACGGUGGACUUGACCCUGCCAGAGUAGGGAGAAAGAAGAGCUUGGUCAGACCUGAUCGUGAAAAGAUUGAGCCUGGCCAUCGGCAAUGGUAUUACCGAACCCACGUCGCACAGGCAGAAGAAGAAGGCGCUCGUGUCGGAGUCCAGCCUUCAACUACCGGAAAUUAUCCUCAAGGCCUCAGGCGAGGAAAAUCCAUUCUCGCUAGAGAGGAAGAUGUCGCCGAGUCCGGUCUUGCUCUGUUCAAGAGAGGGAAUACGCUUAGACGCAAACAAACUUCCUCCUCUACUCAGGCCCCGAUUCCUGAUUCAUCUGAAUCCAAGAAUCGAAGCUGUCUAGGGAAUUAUGCUCCUGGACCCAAAGGCCCUUGGAUGUUGUAUUGCUAUCUCCUCACCGUCUUGGUUCCUCCUUUUAUGCUGAGAGCGUGCGGUAUGCGUACUCCUGAACAACAACGUGCAUGGCGAGAGAAAAUGGGGCUCAUCAGCAUCAUUCUCUCCCUCAUGGCUAUGGUCGGUUUCAUCACUUUUGGGUUCACUGAAGUGGUCUGUGGUACUCCUGCCAAUCGCUUUCAUGGUGGCGCCAUAGGUGAUGAUCGCAUCGGAACUUCAUCCGUGGUCAUCAAUGGUUACGACUAUGAUUUUUCCAACUUCAAACAUCCUGCUGCCGGAUCGACAUUUAACGGCAGCACUAAUCCUCUGAUUACCGGAAAUUGGGGCCUCGGGGGCAAUGACGCAUCGUUCUUGUUCCAAAACGUCAAUCAAAAGUGCCUCGGUCUCAUUACUAAAGCUUCCAAUUCAUUGAUAACAGGGAGCGGAAACGAUCUCGACUGGUAUUUUCCUUGUAAUGUCAGAAGUCAAUAUGGUACGUCGAAUCCUAACACAACCGGCUAUGACUCUUCCACCAACUGCCACGCCUCGUCAACUGCUCGCACCGAUUUGAGCAAUAUGUCUCCCCAAGGUCAGGUUUGGCUGAGCUGGGACGAUGUGCACCAAAGUAACCGGAGCUUGGCUGUAUAUGAAGACAAAGUACUGGAUCUCGAACUGCUGAACUGGCUCAGCGCAAGCGAAGUCGACUAUCCCUCUAUUUUCGACGACUUAAGACAUAACACAGACGGCCUUUAUAACGGAAACGAUCUUACGAUGCUCUUCUACCGUUCUAAUCAAAGGAACAUCGGUGCAUGCCUCCAAGAUAUCAUCACAGUUGGUUUUGUAGACAGCACGAGUAUUGGCUGUUUGGCCUCCGAUGUGGUCCUAUAUCUUUCCCUCAUUUUCAUCAUCGGUGUCGUGGCAAUUCGUUUCGGAAUGGCCUUAUUAUUUUCGUGGUUUUACUCCUGGCGAAUUGGAAAUUUCCCGAGAGAGACCUACGAACAACGAAUGCAGCGUUCAGAGCAGAUCGAGAACUGGACGAACGAUAUUUACCGACCAGCACCCAGUGAAUACCGGCCGAAUGUUACUAAGAAUGGUAUGAAACUCGGCAAAGCUAGGAAGUCUUUCUUGCCUAGUACUUCACGGUUCACUCCGUCUGAUAAUCUGCUGAAGAGUGGCAGACCGUCGACUGCUUACGGGAUGCUUGAUUCUUCCUCAACCAAAGGCUGGAAGAACUCAGUUUAUGCUCCUUCAUUACACAAGAAGGGUACCCCUCCUGAUUCACCCGGGUACAGGCAAUCUAAGAGUUUCUCAUCUAUCAAUGAUGGCUUCGCUCGAGGUAGCUUUGUCGAUAGCCCAUGUCCCUUUCCUCUCAACAACGUCGUGCCACAACCCCCUCCUGACUAUGAGCCUUUCAACUUCCCCCUCGCGCAUACCAUAGCACUUGUCACAGCUUAUUCAGAGUCUGUAGAAGGUCUCAGAACCACGUUGGACUCUCUGGCGACGACCGACUACCCAAACAGCCACAAGUUCAUAUUAGUCAUCGCCGAUGGUAUGGUCAAGGGUGCAGGGAAUGACAUGACUACUCCGGAUAUCUGUUUAACGAUGAUGACGGACCUUAUAAUCCCUUCGCAUGAAGUUGAAGCGCAUUCGUACGUUGCCAUCGCAGACGGUCAUAAGAGGCAUAAUAUGGCUAAGGUCUAUGCUGGAUUCUACAAGUAUGACGAUGCUACUACCGAGAGGUCAAAGCAACAGCGUGUCCCCAUUGUUCUCGUUGCCAAGUGUGGUAAUCCCCUCGAGGCGAACGACGCAAAGCCCGGAAAUAGAGGAAAACGUGACAGUCAAAUUGUUCUUAUGGCAUUCCUGCAGAAAGUCAUGUUUGACGAGCGGAUGACGACUUUCGAGUACGAGUUCUUCAACUCGAUAUGGCGAGUGACGGGAGUUAGUCCAGAUCGAUAUGAGCUCGUCCUGUGUGUCGAUGCCGAUACCAAGGUUUUCCCUGACUCGUUAACAAGGAUGGUCAGCUGCAUGGUGCACGAUGAAGAAAUUAUGGGCCUUUGUGGCGAAACGAAGAUUGCGAACAAAGCAGAAACUUGGGUUACUAUGAUGCAAGUAUUCGAAUACUACAUUUCCCACCACAUGACAAAGGCUUUCGAGUCAAUGUUUGGAGGCGUAACUUGUUUGCCCGGUUGUUUCAGUAUGUAUAGGAUUAAAGCACCCAAGGGCGACUCUGGAUAUUGGGUUCCUGUUCUCGCCAAUCCUGAUAUCGUUGAGCACUAUUCCGAAAACGUCGUGGAUACCCUGCACAAAAAGAACCUCCUACUGCUCGGAGAGGAUCGAUAUUUGACCACCUUGUUGCUCAAAACAUUCCCCAAGCGGAAGAACAUUUUUUGUCCUCAAGCCGUUUGUAAAACUGUCGUCCCUGAUACUUUCCGCGUGCUCCUUUCACAGCGUCGUCGAUGGAUCAAUUCGACCGUUCACAACUUGGCAGAAUUGAUAUUGGUUCGGGAUCUGUGUGGUACUUUCUGUUUCUCCAUGCAGUUCAUCGUUGGUAUGGAUCUGGCUGGUACACUGGUGCUACCGGCUGCUAUCAGUUUCACAUUGUACCUUAUCAUUGAGUCUAUCGUCCCAAAUCACCCCAACACCACCAUACCUCUAAUUCUGUUGGCCAUCAUUCUUGGUCUUCCGGGUCUUCUCAUCGUUGUCACUUCGCGCAAGGUUGCGUAUGUAGGAUGGAUGGUGGUGUAUCUCCUCACAUUGCCCCUCUGGAACGGUCUCCUCCCCGCUUAUGCUUUCUGGCACUUUGAUGACUUUUCAUGGGGUCAAACUCGUAUGGUUUCCGGCGACAAGGGUGGUAAUCAUGGUGAUAAAGAGGGAGAGUUUGAUUCAACACAUAUCGUGAUGAAGAAAUGGGCCGAGUUUGAACGUGAGCGUCGGUGGAAGAGUGGCACUCAAUCGAGGGAUUCGAAUUCCUACGAGAAGAAGGCCGACAGUAACCGCUACUCCUUGGUUACCGAUUCGGACACUUUCCAUCCACCUUCGAACAACGGAUUUGAUUCGAGUACGAUCGAAACGGCGUCUUAUGCCUCUCCACGUCAACGUCAUGACAGCAAUGCGCUUCUUAUGCUCCCGGCGCCUUUAUCAGUCAAUCGACAACCUCAACCUCAACCCAUGGCUUCUUCUUCGUCUUCAUCUGUUGUAGGUCCACGGUCCAGCGAAGAUCACCAAUACAACGAUAAUACUUCAAGCUCCAAUCUUCGCUUGGUCCCGAGCUUCCAAUCUCAGUCUGACCAACAACAUUACACCGAUUAUGAUGCGCCACCUUCAGGCAUUGCACCUCCGUCACGCUACUCUUCUCCUGUUGCUCGUCCAAUGGAAUCACCACAACCCCGGAACAACUUGAGAAGUCCUACGGGCUUCAGCGACGUAUCCAAUCCAUUCUCAACGGCAUCACCAGUUUCUUCGGAUCAUGGCUACACUGCUGAACCUGAGGAAAUGGUUUCUCCUGGCUAUGCACCCGGUAGGCCAGGUGGACGAGCUGCUGGAGUGCGGCUUACGGAUGGCGGACCAGUACCUGGACCGGAAGGUGUGCGGCGAGUAGCGAGGCCGUCGGGUCGACGUCCGCAGUCGCAGAAUAGAUAUUCAAGGAACUCGACCGCCUUCAGUCUACCUCCAGGUGCCGCGCCGCCUCAACCAAAUUAUAGUGGUUCGACAGGUUUCAAUUAA